AUGACUUUAUUAAAUUCAAAUAUUUCAAAUACUUCAAAUAUCUGCCCCAACGACGGUAACCUGAGCUCAGCCGUCUCGAUGGGGCAUCAACAAGGACAAGACGCUCAAAACCAGGCAAAAACUCAGUCACAAACUAAAUGCCUUAUCGAUGGUACUAUCACUCACUCUUACUCACCUUGCUCCUCCUGGCAACCCUGGGACGCUGGACCAAAGUAUCGCUUUUGA